ACAAAAAGGAAACUACAGCCUGUUUUUGUGUCAGUUUGUGGUGUUCACUUUAGUGGGUUCAGUCACUCGGAAUUUCCCAUUUGCUCUGUUUAACACAAAAACUCAAAAGUGGUCCAUCCUCUUAAUGAGAACUGAAGAGCUUCAAAGACCUCCCAAGAACAUGAGCAGAAUAUUGAUAUUGGUGCUGUGUUCUCUCUACUGCUGCUUAGCAGACAAUGUGGAGCUUGUCCGCUCCAAGAGAGGAACUCGUUUUUAUGGAGGUGAGCGUGAGCGGAAGACGUCCCGGCGGCCACUUUUCAUUGUUCAUGUGCAGAAGCCUUCACCUUCCUUUGACACCUCCCUACGUUGCGUGGAUAGAACAACAUCAGCCGUGCAUAAUUAUGGGGACACUUGGCUGCGAUGGAAGGGACAGCGUGUGGAGUAUUGCCGUUGUGCGUUAAGAGGACGAGAACUUUGUCACGUAGUCCCCGUCAUCAACUGCUACUCAUCUAAAUGCUACAAUGGCGGGACGUGCAAGGAGGCCGUGUACUCUUCGGACUACAUUUGUCAGUGCCCCGUAGGCUUCAGUGGCUCCCAGUGUGAGAUCAACACCAAAGAGAAGUGCGUUGUGGGGAGCGGGGACGCCUAUCGCGGCACGUGGAGUAUCAGCAAGUCGGGGGCGGAGUGCAUCAACUGGAACGCCACCGCGCUCAGGGCAAAGAAGUUCACCGCCAGGAAAGUGGACGCCAGCACCCUUGGCCUGGGCAACCACAACUUCUGCAGGAACCCUGACCAGGACAGUGGCCCUUGGUGUUACACCUACAAAGGCACACAAAUCACCUGGGAGUUCUGUUCCUUGCCAAAGUGUCCAGAAGAUAAGUAUGAAGAAUGCGCGAGAGGCCUCGGUCUGACUUAUAGGGGCACGAAGUCCGUCACUAAAACUGGAGGCCGCUGCCUCCCUUGGGACUCUCCAGCCAUCGUGCGCAAGUACAACAACGCGUGGAGGUCUGAUGCCCUCGAAGUGGGACUGGGCAGCCACAGCUACUGCAGGAAUCCUGAUGGUGAUGCGGGUCCGUGGUGUCACACCUACAAGAACAUGCAGCUGACCUGGGAGCUCUGUGAUGUACCUAAAUGCACGAGACGUCCAUCCAGCAUCACCCCGGUGGGCCCUCGAGGUCCCACAACCAACAAUAACAACAACAACAGAGGGGCAUGCGGCCAACGUUUGGACAACACCCUGAAGCAGCCUACCUUCCGCAUGUUCGGAGGCCGAGAGAGCGACAUCACCGAGCAGCCCUGGCAGGCCGCCAUUAACGUUUACCAGGCUCGCUUGCGCAGACACUUCCACCGCUGCGGAGGGAUUCUCAUUGAUUCCUGCUGGGUCCUUUCUGCUGCGCACUGCUUCGAGGCCACGGACAAACCCUCAAAGUUGGAGGUCAUCCUGGGCAGGACGUUCCGCAAAGAGAAUUCCACCAGUGAGCAGAUUUUCAAAGUUGAAAAGUACUGGAUCCACGAGAAAUUUGACAACGAGACCUUUGACAACGACAUAGCACUUUUGAAGCUGAAGACUGACAUUGGCGUUUGUGCCGUGAACUCUCCUGAGGUUCUUCCCGCGUGCCUUCCCGAACCCAGCCUGGUGCUGCCCGACUGGACCGAGUGUGAGAUCUCAGGCUACGGGAAAGAUUCAGAGUUUUCUGCCCAUUACUCUGAACGCGUCAAGAGAGGUUUUGUCCGGCUGUGGCCCAGCGAGCGCUGCGUCCCCGAUGUGUUGUCUGGACGCACGGUCACUCCUAACAUGUUGUGCGCGGGUGACACCAGAGGCCUGGAUGACGCCUGCAAGGGAGACUCCGGCGGUCCUCUCGUCUGUCGCACGAACGACAAAAUGACCCUGAUGGGCGUCAUCAGCUGGGGCGACGGCUGCGGCCAGAGGGAUAAACCCGGCGUCUACACCCGCGUCACGCAUUACAUCAACUGGAUUAACGGCAAAAUGAGAGCCAACCCGGUCUGAGCACCAGGACGAUAAAGUCCGUUGUAUCUAAAUCCAAAUGGGGAGUGUUUGAAACCGGCACUUGUUUAGAAGGUUCACGCGAGGAAGUGGAACGUCUGUCACAAGCGUUUAACAAUGACAGAAGCUCCAAGUUCUUCACUUCCUGCGCUUGAGGAACCCAACGCGUCCUCCCACUACUCAUCUAUGUUUGUUUUUGACAUGCGCGGAUGUGUUCCGUCAUUUUUGUCACUUCACCACGGCGGCGCUGUGGUGAAGUUCCGGCGGCGGGAGUCCAGCUGGUCGGCAGCGCUUGCGAUGCAAAAAAGCUCAACGCGUAUUUUUGUGCAUCUCCCACGAUUCGUAAAAUCUGCUGGUUCAGAUUCUGCUCAGUUUUUCCAUAUUUGAGGAUUCACAACUUUGACAGAUGGCCACAGCCAAGCAUGUACAGAAUAAUAUCUGUAUUAUUACAUUUUUUUCCCCACAUUUUCAUAAACUGCUCAUCCGCAUGCAAACAAUUUGUAUUCUUCACAAAACUUUUUUUUAAGACUUUUGUACUAAAUAAUAUUUAUGUGUAUUUUAUUGAAACUUACAUGUGCUGUAAAUAAUUUGUCUAUCUGUUAAAAUACAAUAAAUAUUUUGAGUUAAGCUCUU